CCUCCUCCCUGGAUCUCUGGAGUAGGUUUAUUUUGGUUCCCCCUGUUCCCGUAGCUCCGCCAUUAGAGGUAGACAAAUCGGCACUGGAGAUGGGAAUUGGAUUUUUUUAACGUUACCCCCGUAUUACUCACUUCCGCGGGAUUGCAGGGCUGUUGCAAUUCAAGAGAGCAUCCUGGCGGGCUGAGCGGUCCAGGGUCAGGAGUGAGCAGGUGGAGGGAGGGAGGGAAGGGGACAUUAGGAGCGCAGUUUGAGUGAGGAUGACAGAUUUCCAGCCAAAGUGGAGCUGUGAGUAUUGCACAUACGAGAACUGGCCGUCUGCCAUCAAGUGCACCAUGUGUCGUGCUCAAAGACCCACUGCCCCCAUCAUCACCGAGGAGCCCUUUAAGAGCAGCCCAAGCCUGGACUCCCACCUCUGCCCCAGCCAAGAGGGCUCCAGUGUCCUCAUCUGUCCGGAUUCGAGUGCCCGGCCGCGGGUAAGGAUUGCCGACGAGGCACCUGAGAUGACCAGCAAAUGGUCGUGCCACAUGUGCACCUACCUGAACUGGCCACGGGCCAUCCGCUGCACACAGUGCCUCAGUCAGAGGCAGCAGGGGCCUCAGCAGGGCCCUCUGAGGGCCUUAGAAACCCCGCAGACCUCUGACCCGGUGUCUCGACCCACCCCUGCCGUCCCGGACCCCUGCGAGGAAUACAAUGACCGUAAUCGGCUGAACACACACAUACAGCACUGGGCAUGCUCAGCCUGCACCUAUGAGAACUGGCCGAAGAGCCUCAGGUGCGUGGUAUGUGACCACCCCAAACCCGGCGCUGUGCCUGAGGCCGUCCAGCAGGAGUCAGAGGCUGAGAGCACCAUGUCCUUGUCCAUACUGAACGAGCAGGAGAGGACAACUGGGGGAGGGGGGGUCAGUGGGGUGUGUAAAGCCAGCCAGAGGAGAUCCUCACCCUCUGUCUCAACGGGGCAGGCAGAGGUGCAGAUCGAGCUGGCAUCUGGAGCAGUGGGCACUGAAGACACGCAGGAGAUGGACUUUAAAAAACUUAAGCAGAUCAGGAACAGGAUGAGGAGAACUGACUGGCUCUUCCUCAAUGCAUGUGCAGGUGUGGUGGAAGGCGAUCUGGCCGCAGUCGAGGCUUAUAAGUCAUCGGGCGGUGACAUCGCACGUCAGUUGACCUCAGAUGAGGUGCGGCUGCUGAAUCGUCCAUCUGCAUUUAAUGCUGGCUUCACUCUGGUGCACCUUGCAAUUCGCUUCCAGCGCCAGGACAUGCUGUCUGUGCUCCUCACUGAGGUGUCUCAGCAGGCAGCUAAGUGCAUUCCGGCCAUGGUGUGUCCUGAGUUAACAGAACAGAUCCGUCGGGAGGUUGCGGCAGCACUACACAGACGCAAAGGAGAAUUCCCCUGCUACUUCCUCACUGACAUCACUACGUUUACUCUUCCAGCAGAUAUUGAAGAUCUGCCUCCCAACGUCCAAGAGAAGCUGUUUGAUGAGGUUUUGGAUCGAGAUGUCCAGAAAGAGUUGGAGGAGGAAUCUCCCAUCAUAAACUGGUCUCUGGAGCUGGGCACGCGGCUGGACAGUCGGCUGUACGCUCUCUGGAACCGCACCGCAGGGGACUGCCUUCUGGAUUCAGUGCUUCAGGCCACCUGGGGAAUUUAUGAUAAAGACUCUGUAUUGAGGAAGAGCCUCCAUGACAGCCUACAUGACUGCUCACACUGGUUCUACAGUCGCUGGAAGGAGUGGGAAUCUUGGUAUUCUCAGAGUUUUGGACUGCAUUUCUCUCUGAGGGAGGAGCAGUGGCAAGAGGACUGGGCAUUUAUUUUGUCACUGGCUAGUCAGCCAGGGGCGAGUUUAGAGCAAACUCAUGUGUUUGUUCUGGCCCACAUCCUCCGCCGACCCAUCAUCGUGUACGGCGUGAAAUAUUACAAGAGCUUCCGUGGGGAGACGCUGGGAUACACCCGCUUCCAGGGUGUGUAUCUGCCCUUGCUUUGGGAACAGAGUUUUUGCUGGAAGAGCCCCAUCGCCCUGGGUUACACACGCGGCCACUUCUCAGCCUUGGUUGCCAUGGAGAACGAUGGUUAUGACAACCGAGGCGCAGGUGCUAACCUGAACACAGACGAUGACGUCACGGUCACUUUUCUGCCCUUGGUGGACAGUGAGAGAAAGCUGUUACACAUCCACUUUCUGUCUGCCCAAGAGAUGGGGACCGAGGAGCAGCAGGAGCGCUUGCUGAGGCAGUGGUUAGACUGUUGUGUGACAGAGGGUGGCAUUUUGGUGGCACUACAGAAAAGCUCUAGGAGGCGCAACCACCCACUUGUCACACAGAUGGUGGAGAAGUGGCUGGAUGGCUACCGGCAGCUGGGCACCUGCCCCGCCCUCUCAGAUGGAGAGGAAGAGGAGGAGGAUGAAGAUGAGUGAGAAAGAGAGGAUUCACAAGAAGUGAAAUUCUCUUUACAUAAAGACGUGGUGCACCUUGACAAAUGACUCUUGAAGAACACACAUGUACGCUAACGUACCAUUAUUUAGCCCUGUACAGACACGCAUUCUUACCAGCCUGUCUUCAACAAACCAGUUGUCUGUUCUCAUUGCUAUUCUCAGACUUGGGGCAGUGUGAAAUAAAGGAAUCUAGGUUAAGAAUGGUACAUGCCUUACAGAGUAUGUCCUUUGUUUUAUUCCAGUUAUAAAUUCUAUAUUUGGUAGUUAUAAUCAAGAGAAAAUAAGUAAUUCAACCUAAAUUGGAAAGAAACAAAAUAUUUAAGAAAAAGAUAUAUUAAGGGCACUUAAGCACAUUUUUUUCCAGUUGACUUUUUAAACUUUAAUCGUUGGAAAUUCCUUCUGUGUACUUGUACAUCACUAUAUAUUGAGAUUAGUCAUUUGUCUAUAGCCAUUACCUGAAAAAUAUUUAUUUACCUGUAUGAUUCAUUGUGUGCUUUAGAAAUGAACACAUACUUACCACUGUGUGAUAUGAAAGUUUUGGCUGAAUGAGGAAUUCCACUGCAACACUAAUACAGCCCGGAGGGCCGUUCCAGAACAUUCGCAAAAAAAGCUGAGGUCAAUGUGAGCAGUCAUUCUGCACGUACACAAAGUUAUUGUUCUACACAGUUUAAAACUUUGGUGUCUGGCCACAAUUCUGUUUUUUGUAUCAGUGUUUUGAUUUUUUCCCCUGAUAUCCUCUAUAUGUGCUUAUUACAUUCAUAGACUUGACUGAAACCAAAGUGAACAUUGCAUCUGUGGGCUUGCAGUGAUGAGACUUGAUUGGGUUUGUUUUGUUGUUCCAUUGCACUGUCUUCAUCCCCUCUUGUGGCUGUUUCCAGACUAGCCCCUUUUCUAGUUUAAAGAUACCCUUGUAUUUUUCUCCCCCCCCCCUCCCCUUUUACUUAAUAUAUGCCGUCAGACUACAAUGGUGUCAGAUUUUUGGCAUUUUGGAUAUAAUGUAUAUCUCUGAUGUUUGAUGAGGUGGAGACCAAACCAAUGAAGGCUUAAAUGGGUUGAAUGUCCAACAGUGAAGCUUCUUUAAAACUUUGUUUUUAAAAUCAGUGUAUGUGAAUUCUUAUCACAUAUUCCUAUUAUCAGUGUCUUUCUUUUUUUUUUUGCGUGUGCGCAUGCGCACUUGUGUUAAAGGUCCCUGCAACAGGAAUAAACCUUUUAUAAAGAAUCUGAAAAA